GUUAAAGCGCGCCGACAGGAAUGGUGGCUGUGAGGUGAUACCGAGCUGUUUGUGCGGGGAGGUUCUCCUGGUUUAGAGAGAGAGAGAGAGCGAGCGAGAGUGAGUGAGUCCAACUUCAAGCCUCGCCUCCCUUCCUCUCUCUAAAAAAAAAACUUAUCAGCAAAGGACUUUAUCCCGGGGGCGAGAGCGCAGUCUGUCCGGUCGGUGGCUUUUUCUGGAAGCUUCUCUGUCUGUGGAUGUGGCUCACUGUAGAGCAGAGACAGACAGGAGGCUCUUUGACUGGAGCUCCUCAGUGAAAUGCUGCCCUGACCUCCCUUUAUGAUUGGUAGGAAUGAGGAAGAGCAUUACCGAAGCUUCAGAUCUCUUUAAAAUCAGAAUGGUUAAUGUUUCUGAGAAUGAGAUCAUAGUAUAUUGCAAAACAACAAAGUUGGUUUGUUGGACUAAAGUAACCGCAUGAGAGGCUGUGUACUGCGAAUUCUCCAGGAUGUUUGGGAACCUGUUUGAAGAAGGAGAGGACUUUGAUUUUGUGUCUGAGAGCAAAGGGAUAAAUGGCCGGAAAUCAAGGAAAAAGGAUCAUGAACUGCCUGCACCCCGAGCAGCCUGUAACCUCAGUGGAAUCAAAAACCAGGGAGGAACUUGCUACCUCAACUCACUGCUUCAGACAUUACUGUACACCCCUGAAUUCAGAGAAUCAUUGUUUGCUCUUGGACCUGAGGAGCUGGGGUGUUUAUCAGACAAAGACAAGCCAGAGUCCAAGGUUCGAGUCAUCCCUUUGGAGCUACAGAGACUUUUUGCUCAGUUGCUGCUGGCAGACCAGUUGGCAGCAUCUACGACGGACCUGACUGAUAGUUUUGGCUGGACAGGUAAUGAGCAGACCAGCCAGCACGACGUGCAGGAAUUAAACCGAAUCCUCUUCAGCGCACUGGAAUGCUCUUUAGUUGGAACUUCUGGUCAUGAUCUCAUCAACAGACUGUACCACGGCAUUGUCGUCAACAAGAUCGUCUGUAAAGAGUGUGGCAAUGUCAGCGAAAGACAGGAGGAUUUCCUGGACUUGACAGUAACGGUGAAGGGUGUCAGUGGACUGGAGGAAGCUUUGUGUAACUUGUAUGUUGAAGAAGAACAUUUCGACAAUGAUAAUUUGUAUCGUUGUGGAAGAUGUGAGAAGCUGGUUAAAGCAACAAAGUCGGCAAAGCUGCGGCAUCUCCCUACUUUCCUGACAGUUUCAUUGCUGCGCUUUAACUAUGAUUUUGUGAAGUCUGAGCGGUACAAGGAGACGGGAUGCUACACAUUUCCAGUAAGGCUCGCCAUGCAGCCGUUUUGUGAGCAGGGUGACUUGGAGGAUGUGGAAUUCGAGUAUGAGCUGUUUUCUGUCAUUAUACACAAAGGAGGCUGCUAUGGUGGACAUUACCAUGCAUACAUCAAAGAUAUUGACCAACUGGGGACCUGGUUUUCUCCUGAUGAAGACACUGUGGUGGUUGACACAACAAAGAAUACAACAAGCAUACAAGGAUGCAGAACCAGCAAUGUUCUGGAUUUGAGAGAUCCCCUGGAAACCUUGAGAGCUAUACUAGUGCAGGUGGGACCUGAUGGCUUACUGGUGGACCAGCUGGGCCAGAAACUGCUGGAGAAAGUUGGUUUUGCUUGGAACAAAAGGUACCGCAAGCAGCACGGGCCAAUAAAGAAGUUUCUGGAAAGCCAUCCAGCUGUGUUUCUCUUGAAGUCAGACGGGACCCGGGUUUCUGUAAAGCAGCCUGCCAACUGCUGCCCAGAACAACAAUCCAACAAAUCCAAAGCCAAGAAAACACCAGCAAACGGCUCUGCCCAGUCGUGCAGUCCUGAUAUACGCUGGUUUAAUUUUGAUGAUUCCCAAGUCCGGCCAAUCCACGAGAAGAAUAUUGAGAAGCAGUUUCAGGGCAAAGAGAGUGCAUACAUGCUGUUUUAUAGAAAGUCGCACUUACAACGAACAUCAGCGGCUAAAGGAAACCCAAGAUACAAAGUUCCUCUUCACCUACAGGAGGAGAUGGCCAACUACGAUGCCGAGCUCAAGAAGCAAAGGAUGGAGUUUGAUUCUGCCGUCAAUAACAUUGAAGUCCAUCUUCACUUGGGUCCAGAGUAUACGUUUGUUAAUGGUGCUCUACACCCAGCUUCUUCCCAGAAGGACAGCGUGCUGACUCUAACCAUUGAUAGAAGGAAAACUAUAGGGGACCUCAGGCAGUCAGCUUUUCAGCUGCUAGAGUUCUGGGAAGGUGAUAUGGUAAUCCAUAUUGCAACAAUACCAGCCGGCCUUCAUCUCUACGAGAGACUCGAUGAGGAUCAGGCCUCGCUGUGCAGUCUGGAGAUUACAGAUGGAGCCAUUCUCUUUGUGUGGAAUGGUAACCAGGUCCGUGGAGUGGACGUAAAAGCAGGACAGGAGCUUGAACCUGUGCUGCUUCAAAUCUUGCUUUCUACAUUGAGGAGCAAAUUGGACUCUGGGGAAGUGGAGUUUACAGAAUUGCGAAAGGCAUUUCCUCGGAGGACAACACUGAGUUCUCUGCAAGAGACUGUACUUCUAUCAACGGGCAUCCCACCAGAGGAUCUCACAGUCUGCCACAGGAAAACAUUGAAAAAUAAAGCAUCUUGGAACUGGAGUGCAUAUCCCACUGAAGACUUGAACAAGACUCUUGAAGAGCUGAGUCUGAAAGACAACGACUCUGUGCUAAUCUUAGACCAAAAGUACUGUGACCUGAGUGUACUAUCUUCCAAUGGUAUGCCAGUCACUGUAGCAACACUGGGUGAUCACAGCUGGGUGCAAGUCAAGAAUUACUGUAGUAAGAAAAUGACGCAAGUGGAGGGGACCACGGUAACCAUUCCGGUUACCAUGGAGAUGCUGGUUUCAGAAAUCAAAGUUUGUGCCAUUGAAAAGCUUAAACUGAAAGAGGAUCUAGCAAACGAUAACUGUUUGAGACCAACUGACCAAACAGGGAAACUCCUUCCUCCAGUACGAGAGGAUUUAACCUUAAGGGACACUGGACUGAAGACAGGAAGCUUCUUGGCACUUUGCUCCGGCAAUGCCCCAACUGACAGUCAGCUUUACUUGAAUUUCGCUGUUGGUGAUAGUGCUAACUUGAGCCCUGAAAUGGAGGUUGUAGUGGAACAGAAGAUUUCUGUCAGAGAGUGCCUGAAGCUGAUGUUAGAGAAAGCAGCCUUAUCAGGUGAGUGUUGGCAUUUGAGGAAAACAGACUGGUGCUACGAAGCUGGAGAAGUUUUGAUAGACGAAGAAGCCUCCUUGUCAGACUUGAAGAUCAGCACUGGAGAGACACUCCUCAUCAUGGAGGGACGACUCCCACCAAAGGGAUUCCUGAAGCUACCAGUUUGGUUCUAUCAGUCUGCCCUGGAUUCAAAAAACAGAAAAUACCUUGAGGAUGAGCAGGGAAGCUUCACGCAUAGAUUGUCUACUUUAAAUAUAUCUGCUACGAGAGAUCAUUCACUGCAGCAUCACUUGGACGCUGAACUGAUGUUCAUGGGUGAUAUUGAGAUAUCUGGAGAAGCCAAUCUAGAGGAUUUAAAAACUCAGGUUCUAACUUUGCCAAUGCUGCAGUCGCUCUCCGUUCCUUCAGUAAAGUUCCUCAGAGUCUGGCUCCUGGAGAGUAAAUGCCGUACCAAAAUCCUGCGGAACCACCAGCAGCAGCUCAGCAAAUUUAAACUGAGAAGCAGUGUGGAGAUCGGCAUUCAGCUACUGCAGGCAGACGAGGAGUUGACCUCCACUGAAUUGUUGCUGCAGCUUUGGAUGGCAGUGCCCGGUGAAAGUUCCUAUUACCCUCCAGAAGACUUUAUUUUUGACACAUCUAAGGAAUGCACGGCUCGGACACUUAGACACAAGAUUGCCCAGCGUUACUCACUGACUGUGGAGCAGAUUGAAAUUGCAAAAUACUUUCCAGAGAAGUCUACAUGGAUGCCCAUCUCCAGCUGGAGCCAACAAGUUUCAAAAAAGAAAAGGAAAAAGAAACCGGAGAAUCUACAAGGGGCACCAAAUCAUCUGAAAGAUGGUGAUAUUAUUGGGGUUAAGAAUUUAUUGAUUGACAUGAAUAAGGAUUUCAGCACCUUAACUGAUGACUUUGUGAAAGAGCAGCACACACUAGAAGGAAGUAAAGGGGACAGAAGUCGCCAAGCCCCUGCCCAUCAAAGCGGAGAUGCUCUGGAUGGUAAAACUGCCCACUGUGCUCGUGCCCGUAGACCUGAGGUGGCUCUAUCCAUCAGUGUAGCGGACUUCAGGUAACGAAGAAAGAACAAAGAGCAGAAAAUUUGGGCACUGAAGCGAGUGCUUGAAAGAGCUGGCGAGCUCCUGAAGUGAUUAACAGGUGUAAUGCUGAGUAAGACAGCUGGGUGUACAAAGUAAUUUACAUGCUGCUGAACACAGAAAAAAUGGGCCAGAUUAUUUAUUCAGGUUUAAAGACAGGGUGGCAAGAUCAUUAAGUGAUUCUUCAGUACAUUUUCUUGUCUUGACAGGGGUUUAACUGUUGGCAGGGGAAACCCACCAUAAUAUGUUAUUGGAACCUUGAUAUAAAAAAAAACGUUUGUGGACCUUUAAAAUAUUUUUAUAA